UCUGAUGAUUUUACAGAAAUCAAAUUGCUGACAGAUGGCCAGAUAAACAGGCGAAGUUCGCAAUCGAAGCCAGCUCCAGGAUGGAGCUGGGUAAUAAGUUUUCAAUGGCUAUUAGCUUGAUAAUCACCGGGAAUAGCUCCCAGGCAGACCAAGCCCACACCUCAGUGGGCCCACACCCAGGCACCGCCACACCGAACCUGCCAGUAUAUAUAGGGGACCCUGCCCGGCUCCCAGCGUCAGAGCCAAGUGCCCAGACUCCACACUUCUCAGGUGCCAUCCACCUUCCUUGCUAAGCAGAGCCAUCAUGAGCUGCCAGGUGUCGUGCAGGUCUCGGAGAAGCGGCGUUGGCGGCGUUGGCGGCGGCGGCAGAAGCUUCCGCGGCUUCAGCAGCGGCUCAGCAGUGGUCUCUGGUGGGAGCCGGAGAUCGGCUUCUGGCUUCUCCUGCGUGAGCCGCCACGGUGGCGGCGGCGGGGGUUACGGGGCCGGCGGCUUUGGAAGCCGCAGUCUGGUCGGCCUCGGAGGCUCCAGGAGCAUCUCCAUAAGUGUGGCCGGAGGGAGCGGAAGCUUUGGCUUUGCUGGUGGAUCUGGCGGCCGAGGAGGCGGCUUCCUUGGAAGUGGCCUUGGAGGCGGCCUUGGAGGCGGCGGCGGUGGCUUCGGCGGAGGCAGCGGCUUCGGCGGAGGCCGCUUCGGCGGAGGCCGCUUUGGAGGUGGCGGCGGCUUUGGUGGCUUUGGGGGUCCCGGCGGCUCCGGGCCUGGAGGAUUCCCUGGUGGAGGCAUCCACGAAGUGUCCAUCAACCAGAGCCUCCUGCAGCCUCUCGACGUUAAAGUAGACCCCGAGAUCCAGAACGUGAAGUCCCGGGAGCGCGAGCAGAUCAAAGUUCUCAACAACAAGUUUGCUUCCUUCAUCGACAAGGUGCGCUUCCUGGAGCAGCAGAACCAGGUGCUACAGACCAAAUGGGAGCUCCUGCAGCAGAUCGACGUCAGCACCCGGACCACCCGCCUGGACCCCCUCUUCCAGGCCUACAUCGGGGAGCUCAAGAAAAGAGUGGAUGGGCUCUCUGCACAAAGGACGUCCCAGGACUCAGAGCUCAACAGCAUGCAGGAUCUCGUGGAGGAUUUUAAGAAGAAGUACGAGGAUGAAAUCAACAAGCGCACAGCUGCUGAGAACGACUUCGUGACUCUUAAAAAGGAUGUUGACAGUACCUACAUGAGCAAGGUGGAACUGGAGGCCAGGGUGGGUGUGUUGAGAGAAGACCUGGAGUUCUUGCAGUUCCUCUUCGCUACGGAGCUGUCCCAGAUGCAACAGACCAUCACCGACACCAAUGUCAUCCUGUCCAUGGACAACAACCGCUCCCUGGACCUGGACAGCAUCAUCGCCGAGGUGCGCACCCAGUAUGAGGAGAUUGCCCAGAGAAGCAAGGAUGAGGCUGAGGCACUGUACCACAGCAAGUAUGAGGAGCUGCAGGUGACGGCCGGCAAGCACGGGGAGAGCCUCAAGGACCUCAAGAUAGAGAUCAGCGAGCUGAACCGCAUGAUCCAGAGGCUGCAAGGCGACAUCAGCCACGUGAAGAAGCAGUGCAAGAGCGUCCAAGACUCCAUUGCGGACGCUGAGCAGAGGGGCGAGCACGCCAUCAAAGAUGCCAAGAACAAGCUCACAGACUUGGAGGAGGCCCUGCAGCAGGCUCGGGAGGACCUGGCGCGCCUGCUGCGCGAUUAUCAGGAGCUCAUGAACACCAAGCUGGCCCUGGAUGUGGAGAUCGCCACCUACCGCAAGCUGCUGGAGGGCGAGGAGUGCAGGAUGUCUGGAGACUUCAGCAGCAACGUGACUGUGUCCGUGACAAGCAGCUCCAUCUCUUCCAAUGUGGCCUCCAGGGCUGGCUUGGGAGGCAGAGGGUCCGGUUCUGGAGGAGGAUUUGGUUCUGGAAGCAGCAGUUAUGGUUCUGGAGGCAGAGGGUCCGGUUCCAGAGGUGGUGGAGGAGCCUCUGGCUAUGGCGGUGGCUCCCAUGGAGGUUCCGGCUCUGCAGGGGGAUUCGGUUCCGGAGGCGGCUCCCGCGGAGGCUCCGGCUCUGCAGGGGGAUUCGGCUCUGGUGGCAGCUCCCGCGGAGGCUCCGGCUCUGGCGGCGGCUCCCGUGGAGGCUCCGGAGGCGGCUCCCAUGGGGGUUCCGGCUCUGCAGGGGGAUUCGGUUCCGGAGGCGGCUCCCGCGGAGGUUCCGGCACUGGAGGAGGAGUUUCUGGCUCUGAGAAGGGUGGCUUGGGUGCAGGUGAAAGCUACGGUUCCAGUGUGACCUUCUCUUUCAGAUAAGGGUGCGGUGCCCCCGACUCUCCCGCUCCAGAACGCAGAAGGCUGUCUCUGUGCCUUUUGGCUGGUGACAAGUGUCAGAGUUUGUCAUUCACCUCUGACAGCAUUUGGGGAAAGGGCUACCCGUACACCAUUUUUCAAAGAUCUUUGCAAACCAGUUAGCUGGAGCCAGUGACAUCGUCUGUGUUCUGGGGAAGAAGCUGCAUUGCCUAAGUUUGUCUUUCAGCCGUGCCCCACUCCCAGCCCCCGUGAGUCCUUGCAUUGCCCGUUUGCUGGUCCUUUCCCAGAGUGGGUGGGAUCAGGACCCAGGCAGUCCGCUGAUUGGCUCCCACGGCCAUCCUCUCCCUGGCAGUGCUGUGUACAUAGCUCUUCUUGCCAACUCUGCUUUCCAAAGAGCUGUGGUCCGGGUAUCUGCAUAAUAAACUUCUUUUGCAAUUCA